AUGAUCUUGCACCGGGGACUGCUGAAACAGAUAAUAUUUGCAGGAGCUAUCGCACUCUCUUACCUGCAAGGAGCCAGCUGUGCAGCAGAAGACAAGAACGCAUUUUUGGACAAUUUGGAUCUCUAUUGGAGCAACAGAAUAGAGUUUAUAGAAAAAGAAAUCCAAAUUCGCAAGGUUCUUCUUGUAAAGGCCGAGUUUCUCAAGUCCAAAGAAAAUUGUUUAUUUGAUGCAAACUACGAUCUGGAGACAGGAAAGGAUGGUAUGGUUCAAAUAACAGGCGAUUUAUCAGCUCUUAGUGCAAUUUGGAAUGAGAUGAAAAGACUAACUAAAGGACUAAGAGAACUAAACACUCACAUCAGUAGAAGACAGCUCACUUCUGGUGAUGCGAUGGAAACCUCUUCCUAUGCCAUGCUAGAAAUAACAACUGAUGAUAUAAUGAAAAUUAUGCUAGACGAUAAAAUGGAGGCUAUUCCCCACGACAUGAUGGAGGCUAUUUCAGAACUAAACAGCAUGCAGAAUACCAACCUGAAAAGCAUAAUGCGAAAAGUCCUCAUAAACAGCACCCUGCUCAUUGAGAAAAUACAGGGAUUUAAUUUGCUUAUGCUGAGAUUCAUAGCCAACUACAGUUCAAUGAAAAAUGGAUACAAUGCGAGAAUACACGAAUUGCCUCUGUUUAAGCUAGCAAAGAGAAACAAGGUCUUUGCUGUCGACACCGUCUUCACUUUCUUCGGGAUAGAAGCACUCAAGUCUACAUCCGAUAAAGAAGUGAGUGCACAGCAGCUAGGCUACAUAAAGGACUGUUUGGGAAGUUCUAUUUCUGGUGGGGAUGGCAUAAUUGCGAGCUAUGUAAAUGCCGUAAUGGAAGACAUAAGAAAAAGCAAAACAAACUCUCUGGUCUCGGCGAAUAUGCACUUUCCGGUUAUCUUUCGGGACUACAGCCUCAACAUAGAUGAAGACGAAAACAUCAUCAACAUCUAUCUUAGAUUCGCAGAAAACGAUCUUUCUCAAAUAGAAAUGCAUAAAUACAGAAAUAUCACACCUGAGCAGGUUACGAAGAUGAUAAUGGUCGAAUACCUAAUGGAUGAGCGCCUGCUGAACAUCAGAAAAAACUUUUUGUUUUCUAAUCUAGAAAAGACAAUAAGAAGCAUGGGAGGAAUAUCUCGAAAAAAAAUGCUUACCAUCCUGAAUCUUCUAUGGGAUGAUCAGUAUUGCAGAAGGACAGGCAGCAUUCCUCUUGAGGUUUUCUGCAAAGAGAAUGCGAUUAGCGCUAUUUUCUUUGAAACAAUGCGAGCUAGCUUUAUGGCUUCUAAAUGGAUUUAUAUUGCAGAUAAAAAGAAGCUGCACUCUGAGAAUAUGUUUCUCCAAGACAAAUCAUCAACACACUUUGAUCUAUCUUAUCUGCACCCCUCCCAAUAUAUAUAA